AUGCUCCACUGGACAGCCGGAGUAACGUGCUCAGACCGUAUAAGCGAUGACGCCAUCAGGGAGCGAUUCGGUGUAGCACCCAUUGCCGAUAAAAUUCGCGAAGCCCGUCUUCGAUGCUAUGGUCAUUUUCUUCACGCAAAGAACGACAGUGUCCGAAAGAUCUGUCUCAGCCUUGACGUGUCCGGAAAGCGGCAUAUGAUCAAGCGUUCAACCGGGAGAAGUGGAGUCAACAUAUGA